AUGAGAAAUCUACAGUACAUCGAUCUCUCCAGCUGCGGAUUCCACGACGCGAUCCCUCAGCAAAUCGAGAAUCUCUCGGGCCUCCGAUAUCUGAAUCUCGGAAAUUCGUACCCAAUUUUUAUGGAUAAUAAACUUAAGGUUCGCAAUUUGCAGUGGUUGUGGCAUCUUUCUUCAUUGGAGCACUUGGAUUUGACAGGAGUCGAUGUGAGCAAGGCGAGUGAUUGGCUGCGAGCAGUCGAAAAUCUGCCUUCUUUGUUGGAGCUGCGCCUCGCGAGUUGCGGCUUACGGUCCCUGAUUUCGAGCAAUGUUGCAAAUCUCACACAUCUUCGUGUUCUUGAUCUUUCCUGGAACAAUUUCAACUCAUCGUUGCCUCGCUUGAUUUACAGCUGUUAG